AUGGAGGUGCGGCGACGCGGUGCAGGGCGGGGUGUCUUUCGCGGGGCCCGACGUGGAGCCGGUCUUCAUCCUCGAGUUGGGUGGCACGGCUCUCCGCGUCGGCGCCCGGUGCCCCGGGAGAACUUCCGCGUCCUCCAUGGCCCCUCGGCCUCGGCCAUCGCCUCGGCUCCUGCCUGCGAGGUCCCCUGCCCGCCCCUUGCGCUGGGGAGCCGGCUCCAGCCAGGCUUUUGGAGCAGGAUCCUGACAGAUGAUGCGAGGGACUUCCUGGCGGAGCAGCACCUCGACCUGCAGAUCGGGGUGGACGAGAGCCUCAAGGGCCCGGAGCAGCGCCUCUUCUACCUGAGUAACCUCAGCGAGCUGUCGAUGAAGGUGGAGGGCGCUCCGGAGGGACAUGACAGCGUCCGCUUUCCGGUCGAGGACGGCCGGUGGCAGCUGCGCCAUGGCGACACCGUCCUCUUGAACCACCGCAAGGGGAGCUCCAUGUGGAUGUGUUUCCGCGAGUUCGCGGCCAAGGCGCCAAACUUCCGGGCGGCCGAUGCGGCCGACCAGCGCAGUGCAGCGCGGUACUCGAGAUCAAAAGAACGAGGGAUCCAACACACGCACGUGACGCACAUGAGCCAAGAGCAGCUUUACAUUGUUGUCAGAUACGUGAGAGACAGCCUCGACUUAGCCUAUGAGAUCCAAGUCCACCAGAAGGCCUUUGGCCCGCCACAAGCAGCAAAGGGCAGAAGCAAAGAUGACGACGCCUCCCGCAGCUCCUCAAAGGAAGGCGCAGCUGAUUCCAAAGGAGGCCUUCAAACGCUGCACCGAGGCUUGCGCGGAGAGCUGUCCCAAGGGCGCAAGACAGCAACAACCCGUUCUUUUCCAGCUUCCAAAGGUGACGGCGUCUCCCGCAGCUCCGUAAAGGAAGGCGCUGCUGUUUCCAAAGGUGGCCUUCAUACGCUGCACCGAGGCUUGCGCGGAGAGCUGUCCCAAGGGCGCAAGCCAGCAACAACCCGUUCUUUUCAAGCUGCCAAGGGUGACGGCGUCUCCCGCAGCUCUUUAAAGGAAGGCGCUGCUGUUUCCAAAGGUGGCCUUCAUACGCUGCACCGAGGCUUGCGCGGAGAGCUGUCCCAAGGGCGCAAGCCAACAACAACCCGUUCUUCUCAAGCUGCCAAGGGUGACGGAGUCUCCCGCAGCUCUUUAAAGGCUGAGACGCCGCGCGAUCUGGUGAAGCACAAGGACGUCCUGGCCACGCCAAGCACCACCAGUGCAUGCAGCUCAACAAAGGAGGUGGCAUUGUUCCAAAGACCGUUGAGAACUUCCGCGCGCUUUGCGAGAAUCCACCCGGCGAAGGGUUCAAAGGAUGCCCCUUCCACCGCAUCAUCCCGGGCUUCAUGUGCCAGGGUGGUGACUUCACCAACUUCAAUGGCACAGGGGGUCGAAGCAUCUAUGGACGUCUCCGGUGGCAUCGCGUGGCAAGAGUCAGAGAUUGUCCGUGACACCAUGCGCUCGGAGGCCUUCGAAGAUGCACCGCCCAAGGGCGACAAGGAGGUGCGAAGGCCGCGCCUGGAGGAGCCGGAGGUCUUUUCCAACCUGCUGGACGAGAUGGACCGGCUCGAAGCAGCCGGAAGAAGGCAGGUAGAACAGCUGCCGCCCAUCAGCUGCUUCGAGAUGCUGCUCCUCCUUCUCUUCCCGCCACGCCGCGAGAUCCCCUUCGUGUGCUAG